AGCCACAGUGUCUUAGGUUUUAUCGCCGCGAUGCCUGAGCCCACCAAGUCCGCCCCGGCGCCGAAGAAGGGCUCCAAGAAGGCGGUGACCAAGGCGCAGAAGAAGGACGGGAAAAAGCGCAAGCGCAGCCGCAAGGAGAGCUACUCGGUGUACGUGUACAAGGUGCUGAAGCAGGUGCACCCCGACACCGGCAUCUCGUCCAAGGCCAUGGGCAUCAUGAACUCGUUCGUCAACGACAUCUUCGAGCGCAUCGCGGGCGAGGCGUCGCGCCUGGCGCAUUACAACAAGCGCUCGACCAUCACGUCCCGGGAGAUCCAGACGGCCGUGCGCCUGCUGCUGCCCGGGGAGCUGGCCAAGCACGCCGUGUCCGAGGGCACCAAGGCCGUCACCAAGUACACCAGCUCCAAGUAGACUCGCCAAAUGAACAACUUCAGCAGUCUCCUCCUUGACUUAUACUCCCACUGCCCUCCACACCCUGGCGGCAGCAAAGAAGACUUAGGAGAGGUGGCGAUCACGCUGGGGAAAGUUCAGAGUUCUUAACCUUCAUUUUGGUGGCGUGGGCACACAGCGCUACAUAGAAGAAAACGCUCCCUUUGCUUUACAUGGACAGCGGCACUUGACUGACCUUUCCUUUCACCAACCAUGAAAUUGCUACCGUGGAAAGGGAACAGGAAUUGUAGAAAAGUGAAGGACUAACAUUUUCGAAUUUUGUCUAAAAGUUUAACCGUGAAUGUUAAGCUGCAUUUCAUAAAUACAAAACAAUAAAAGUAUCACAGCCAAAUGGUGGCUAUUUUUUAGGAAUAGGGAGAAGAAGGAAGGUGAGAGGGACUGAGAAAAAGAAUGGAAGAAGCAAAUGGCUACUGCGAAAGGGAGCGCCAGAGCCUGAAGACCAAGGGGAAGGCACAGAGGAAGAUAGUAGGAGAAAGCAGAGGGAAAAGAGGGAGAUGAAGAGCUAGACCUUGUUAUGUGUUUGACACUUCAGCUGGGAAUAGCACAUUUUACGUGCUGACAUUCGCCCCACAUUUCUUGGGUUUGGGGGUGAGUGGAUGAUUACAAUGUUACAACACCUGAGAGACACUCUGACCAGCAAAUGCACAUGGCGCCCUUCAAACCGGCUCUAAACUUGCUCUGUUCAUUCUUCUUCAUUACCCUUAGCAUCACUGACAUGAAUUUGCAUAUUCUUGGUUUCCUCUUCCCAUUCUCCAGGCUCUAAGCUCCAUUGGGCAGAGUUAGUCCUUUUUGCUGCUGACUCCCCAAUGCCCAAGGCUGUUCCAGACACACAGUAGGCUCUCAAUUAGGAUUUACAGCAAUCAUAACCGCUUAAAAUACACAUAUAACAACAGGGAUAGAGGAUGAACUGAAAUGUUGCAAAUGUUUAGUAGAGUUAGCGACUCAGUCUUUUUGGGUCUUACUUUCACAACUAUAUAACAAUAAUAAAAUGUUCUAAUAAGUAGUGUAUUACUAAGGAUUCAGUCAGGUAAAUCUUGUAAAAGUCUUAAAGUACUAUGGACAUUUAUUAACACUUAACAAUUGUCAGCAAGAACUAUAUUUUCCUUAGUUGCUGAAUUAAAAGGACAAUCAGAGUAGCCAAUUUUUCGCAGGUCAAAAACUAAGAGACAAAAUAUGAUCUUUGAAUGACUUGAAUCCCGCCACAAGAAGUAUAUUUGGGGAUUUGUAACGAAGAUCAUGUUGCUUAGCAAUAUCUCUUGAUUAAGGAUGGUUUGAGUCAUUAUCUGCUCAUGUGAAAAUGACUAAAGGUAACAUUGGAGUAGAGAUACCUCAUGGCGCAUUAUACAAACACAUGUGAAAAGAACUCUCUUCCUUAUACAGAUUCCUUAUACAAAUAUCAGAUAUACACUGAUAUCAAAUAUCAGUGCUGACGGCAAAAUGGCACCUAACAAAUAAACCCUUUUUUAUUUCUUCAAUUAUAGGAGAAAUAUGAAUGGAAAGAAGAAAUGAAUGUAAACACUAACUGAAAAUGUGGAUGAGCUCAUAGAAUUUAUCAAGUAUGAACAUCUGUUUUGCCUAGAAUGAUUGAUUAGUGCGCCUGCCCUGCUCCAAUCUAACCCAUCCUGGUUUAGUGUACAUGGAUUCCAAAAACAUCAUCUCAGUGUAAGAGCCUAAAUAAAGGGCUUUAGUAUUUUCAUUUCACUUGUUGUUUUAAUUACGAAAACAGAAUUUACUGCUGUUACAGGCCUACAGGGAAUCAUUAUUUAUAAUGGACUAUGUUUGCUGGAGAAGUCUAAAUGAGGAGGGUAAAAAGUCUGUAAAUGAGAUGUUAAGAUCAAUAAAAUUCGUGGAGAAAUGGAA